AUGUCAGCAGACAGUUUCGGCGACCACGUAUCAAUUGUCGUUUUUGGUGCCUCAGGCGACCUUGCCAAAAAGAAGACCUUCCCAGCGCUUUUUGGGCUCUACAGAGAGAACCAGUUGCCACACACUGUCAAUAUCAUUGGUUACGCCCGUUCGGGAUUGACCACCGAGGAGUUGAGAGAGAGAAUCAAGGAGAACUUGAAAUUGCAUGAUGAAAAGGCCCAGAGCAAAGUGGAUGGCUUUUUGCAAUUGAUCUCGUACAUUUCGGGUCCUUACGACAAACCAGAGGGUUUCCAGAAGCUCCACGAUGCAAUUGGCGAAUACGAUGCUAAGAACAAGGUUGAAAAGUCUGAGCGCUUGUUCUACUUGGCCUUGCCUCCAUCUGUCUUCACCACUGUCGCUGGCAACAUCAAGAAGUACGUUUACCCAGAAGGCGGCAGAGUGAGACUCAUUGUGGAGAAGCCAUUCGGCCACGACUUGGAGUCUUCUAGGCAAUUGCAGAAGGACUUGGCUCCGCUCUUCACUGAGGAGGAAUUGUACAGAAUUGACCACUACUUGGGUAAGGAGAUGGUGAAGAACUUGUUGGUGUUGCGUUUCGGUAACGAAUUGUGGUCUGGUGUGUGGAACAACAGACACAUUUCCUCCGUGCAAAUCUCAUUCAAGGAGGCCUUUGGCACUGAAGGCAGAGGCGGAUACUUUGACCUGAUUGGUAUUAUCAGAGACGUCAUGCAGAACCACUUAUUGCAAGUCUUGACGCUUUUGACUAUGGAGAGACCUGUUUCUUUCGACCCAGAGGCUGUGAGAGACGAAAAGGUGAAGGUUCUUAAAGCUUUUGACCAAUUCGAUUCCCUGGACAUCUUGCUUGGUCAGUAUGGCAAGUCUGAAGACGGCUCCAAGCCUUCAUACUUGGACGAUGACACCGUUGACAAGGAGUCCAGAUGCGCAACCUACGCUGCACUCGGGGUUAACAUCCACAAUGAGAGAUGGGACGGUGUUCCGUUCGUUUUGAGAGCUGGUAAGGCUUUGGACGAGUCCAAGGUCGAGAUCAGAAUUCAGUUCAAGCAGGUUGCCAAGGGUAUUUUCCAGGAAAUCCACAGAAACGAAUUAGUCAUCAGAGUCCAGCCCAACGAGGCCGUCUACACGAAAAUCAACUCUAAGAUCCCCGGUAUCUCCACCGAGACUUCCUUAACUGACUUGGACUUGACAUACUCCAACAGAUACUCCAAGGACUUCUGGAUUCCAGAAGCUUACGAGGCAUUAAUCAGAGACUGUUACUUGGGCAACCACGCCAACUUUGUCAGAGACGAUGAGUUGGACGUGUCGUGGAAGUUGUUCACUCCAUUGUUGGAAUACAUUGAAUCUGACAAAUGUCCUAAACCAGAGAUUUACCCAUACGGUUCCAAGGGUCCAAAGAACUUGAGACCAUUCUUGAUCGAUCAUGGUUAUGUCUUCUCGGAGGCUGGCUCCUACCAAUGGCCAUUGACGCGUCCAAACGUCAAAGGCAAGAUCUAA